AUGGAGAGGCAAAGAGCUCCAGACACUGGUAUAGUUGCAUUUUGCAGUAAUGUCACCUCCCUGUCAAGAGACCUGUCUACUGUCCCUGAUCAAGUGAAGGCCCUGUGUAUAGAAGGAGACAUCAAAGUUUUAAGUGAACAAGUUUUCUUGCCAUUUCCAGAUCUUCAUUACCUGAGCAUCACCUUGAAAACACCUGUUAUCUCACCUGGGGCUUUCCUGGGCUUGAACAAACUACAGUACUUAUCAAUCCAUCACUUAGAUACAGGUUUUACCAAUAUCUCCUUCCCAGCUCAAGCUUUCCUUCACUUACACCAGCUACAGACUUUGGACCUGAAGGGUAUCCAUCUCACAGGACAGAGAGGGAUAAUGCUUCCAGAUCCAUUGAAAGUACUCUCCAUUUCCAGCUGCUGCUUAGGGGACUUUUCUGAGCUGUUCAGUAUCUUCCCAGGUUUGAGGUCAGUGCCUCAGGUGUCAUUAAAUAACUGUGAGAUGGGGAGGUUUCCAGAUACUUUGUCUCUGAACCAACACCCUAACCGUUCAACCCUUGUUGUCCCAGUUUCUCAAUCUCAGGAGGAGCAGAUGAAUCUUCAUAAUCAAAACAGCAGUACUCUUGAGUCCCUGAUGUUGAGCCAUUUCCCCCUGGCUGUGAGUGAGCUCUUGGUCUCAGAAAUAGAAAAACUUGAAUUGCUCUCCCUGGAGAAGACAAUCCCCAUGCAUGAGACUUACCAAGUUUGUGCUCUGGCCUCCCGUUUCUCACUCCGAUCCCUGAUGUUCUCCCAAAAUAACUAUAAAAGCCUUGACAGUGAAGAGCUUCCAGGCUGCUACUCUGUGGAGAAUUUGGUUCUUGAGGAGAACAACAUGGAGCAAGUAGAUUCACUGAUUCUAUAUAAACUUCCCCAUCUCCAGCUCUUGGACCUUUCUGGAAACCACCUGCAUUGGGACCUGUGCCCACUAGUCUAUGAGAAAAUGAACUUUACCUCCAGGCUUCGAAUUCUGGAUUUCUCUGGUAACAGAUUCAACAGUCUCGAGCCCGGUGCCUUCUCCUGCCUACCAUUCUUAGAGACUCUCUCACUCAACGACUGUGGGUUUAAGAAUAUACCUCUAUCUGCCUUCUCGGGACUCAGUCAACUUAAGGUUUUUAAUCUGGGGAACAACCAAUUGCAAUACCUACCAAAGACCUCUUUCUAUAAUCUCUCCAGCCUGAUUUCCUUGGGCUUGUAUGGCAAUCCCAUUGAGGUGUUUGGAAGAGAUACUUUCCAGGACUUGGCUUUAUUGAAAGAGCUCCAAGUAGGCUCUUAUAACGUACUCCCUGAUAUUUGGUUUUCAGUGCCAAAUGUGACAAUUUUUGGAUUGGAGUCCAAUUUAGUCACAUUCUUCAAAACCAUAGUCACCACUGCCUUUGCAUCAGUGCAGAACAUGAGCCUAAGCGGUUGCUAUAAUUUUGAAAAAGCCUGGGACCGCUCACUCUUCCCCAGUGUGCAGAUGCUCCAUUGGGAUCCAGCCCUUCAUUGCUGUAAUUCUUCUCAACCCCUCGCACGUCACUUCCCUCAACUUGAGCAACUUAUUUAUAAGUACGAUUUCAGAAGAGGCUUGUUUUCAGGCCAAAACUUCAACAUGUCACAUCUCUCCAAGUUGCGAAUACUCGAAGUGCACAACCUACCUGAAGACCACCUAUAUGCCCCACCAGAGGCACAGUAUUUCUACAUGGACUUGCCCCACUUGGAGGCCCUGAGGAUGGUAAAUUCCAAUAUCAGGUACAUCUCAGCUCAGUUUUUCAAAGGAAAGAGCCGACUGAAGCUUCUGGUGCUGGAGAAGGAGGGCUUUCUGACACUUGACAGUGACAUCCAGGACCAAAUACCGGAUGAAAUGCCUCUGCGCUACAUGCACUUCUCCAGCGUCACCUUCAGGUGUGACUGCUCCAGUGCCUGGCUCAUAGACUGGGCAACCAGGAAGAAAGGAAUUUAUAUAUCUGGGUUGGAGCAAGCAGAUUGCUUGGAUGUCCAAACAAGAGAAAAGAAAUACAAGUUUGUGCCUUUCAUAGAGCAAAAUUGUAGCCAGGAUGCUGGUCUCAUUCUUUUCAUAGUCACCUCCUCAUUUCUGUUUCUCCUCAUUUCACUCCCCAUUCUGAAUGCUACUUGUGGCUUAGAGUUUCUUUUCCUAGUCUACAUUCUGCGAGCCUGGUGUCACGGAGUGCUGAAUCACAAAAGAGGCAGGAGGUUUCAGUAUGAUGCGUUUGUGUCCUAUAGCAGCCACGACCAGGAGUGGGUGUUACAACACUUGGUGCCCAACCUAGAGCAGAUGGGGGCCCCCUUCCUGAAGCUCUGUUUGCACAACCGGGACUUUGUGGUGGGCUGGGCCAUUGUGGACAAUAUUAUGGAAAGCCUCUACAACAGUCAUAAGACCAUCUGUGUGGUCAGCCGCAAUGCCCUGAGCAGCUCCUGGUGCUCUUUAGAGAUGAGCCUGGCCACAUACCGUCUCAUGGUUGAGAAAGAGGAUACAUUGAUCCUGUUGUUCUUAGAGCAUGUUCCCAAAUACCAGCUCUCAGCCUAUCAUCGUCUGGCCAAGCUGGUAAAGAGAAAGGCUUACCUAAACUGGCCUAAGGAACCAGCUGCCCAGCCUGCCUUUUGGAACAGCCUGAAGAACAGUCUUAAACAGCACUGUGGUGGGAAAGCAGAUGAUGAUGAGCAUCCAUAA